AUGGAUGUACCCACGCUGGUCGACUGUCAGCGUGAGAUUCAAAUCCGCAUCUCACGUUCCGUGGAGUACUUGAAGAAGCUGGGCAGUUCCAAUAUCACUACCAGUGCUAUCGCCACACGCACCAGAAUUUUGGAUCAGCUGUGGACGAAGUUCGAAGCGCAGCAUGAUCUUAUCCGAGCAUCCUUAAAAGAAAAGUUCAGCGAGAGCGAUUAUUUUAAGUCAGAACUGCACGCUGAUACGGAGAAUCUGUACGUUAAUCAAAGAAGCAUACUUGACGGCUACGCUGAACACUUUCGUGCAUCGAGCGUACCUCCUUCUGCCGACGUCGCGCCAAGGUCGUCACUGUCGCGCAUCAAAGUACCGCCAUUCUCUGGUGCCUACGCAGAUUGGCCGUCGUUCAGGGAUCUCUUCCUCUCCGUCGUGAGUGGCAAUGCGAUCUCCAACAUCGAACGCUUUCAUCACCUCCGCUCAUGCUUGACAGGGCCGGCUGAAAAAUUAAUCAAGUCGUUACCUGUCACCAAGGAGUUGAGACGCAUUCACAACGCCGUUACUGCCGCCGUCAAUGGUCAGGAGAGCAUUGGACGUCCAAUUAACACCCACGGAAUGGACCUCUUCAACUUCUUAGUCACCGAAUUGUUUGACGCACGCACGCGGCUGGAAUGGGAGUCGUCCACGUCAGAUUCAUCAGAGCCGGCACAAAACGAGGCAUUCGUGGAUUUUAUCAGCCGACGGAUCCUGACGCUCAAUGCCGCACGACCGAAGAGCAUCAGCAAACCGCCCGGAGAGACUUCACGGAUUGCCAAAACUCACUUCACUAAACAGCAAGGAGCUGAGCCGCCGCACUGUACACUGUGUCGUGAAAGGCACACCUUGAUGACCUGCCGAGACUUCAAGGCCAAGACCGUCAACGAGCGUAAAGCAUUUGUAGAGACGAACAAGCUCUGCUACAACUGCUUAGGAAACCACCUCGUAUCUCGCUGUCAGUCAAAGAAGAAUUGCCUUACGUGCGACGCACGACACCACACUACGUUGCACGAAGCGACCACGUCUUCACCGGCAGCCGAGGUCACCACACGCGCCACUACACUGACCACGACUCUUCAAGAUCGAGAUCAUAAGGCUGUUCUUCUUGCUACAGCUCGACUUAACAUCGCCGAUCGGUAUGGCUCACCACACGUCGUACGCGCCUUGAUCGACCAAUGCUCUGAGGUGUCGAUCAUUUCUGAGGCCUUGGCGCAACGUCUCCGCCUGCCUCGAGUCUCGACGGAUCUCUCGAUCUUCGGCAUCGGAGGGACCCGCUCAGGAUCAGCUCGUGGCAAGGUCACGCUGCACGUCACGUCAGACGUGACCAACGCCGAGCUCCGGGUGGUGGCUUUUGUGCUGCCACGCAUUUCAUUGCAGCAAGGCUCAGUCUCGCGAGAAGAACGCAGCUGGCCUCAUCUCAACGGACUCCAGCUGGCCGAUCCUCGCUUCCUGGACGACGACCCAGCUGAGCUACUGCUGGGAGCCGAGGUCUACUCUUUGAUCCUCGAGGAAGGUCUCCGCAAGGGUGACUCAAGGAUGCCGAUCGCCCAGCAGACCAGCCUGGGAUGGAUCCUGUCCGGCGGCUACGACGCAACAACAAUCAACGGACAUCGCCGCACAUUCCGGUGCACCGCCGAUCACGACCUCGCCGACCUCGUUCGGCGCUUUUGGGAGCAGGAGAACGAGCCAAUAACUCGGGCCCCACUUACUCCCGAGGAAGCUACGUGCGAGGAAUUAUAUGUGCGCACCGUCACACGCACGUCCACAGGGAGGUACAUGGUGAGGCUGCCACUUUCGUCACCGCCGACGAAUCUUCACGAGACUCGCCGACCAGCGGAGCGCCUCCUGAGAGCCAUGGAGGUCAAAGGCAGCCGAGAUCCUCGAUUUGGCGACCUCUAUCCGGAUGAUCGCAGAUGUUACUUACCGCAUCACGGGGUCCUGAAGGAGUCGAGCACGACGACAAAACUCCGAGUCGUCUUCAACGGCUCUCAACGCACACGGGCCGGUACUUCGUUGAACUCUCAUCUGCUGACAGGGGCGAAUCUUCUACCAGCGCUCAACGACGUGUUGCUGCGAUGGCGUUGGCACCGGUACGUAUUUGUCACCGACGUAGAAAAAAUGUACCGCCAAAUCCUCGUACAUCCUGAGGAUUGCCGUCUUCAAACAAUCCUGUGGCGUCACAACAAGACGGACGAAAUCCAAGAAUACGAGCUGCGGACAGUGACCUACGGCAUGGCUUGUGCACCGUUCCUGGCCAUACGGACGCUGCGACAACUCUGUGCAGACGAGGGGACGCAAUUUCCUCUAGGGGCCGCAGCACUUCGGCGAGACUGCUACGUCGACGACGUGGUCACCGGCGCAGACGACCUCGACGAUGCCAUCAACCUCCAGACAGAGCUACGCCACCUGUGCACGGCGGGCGGAUUUCCACUGAGGAAGUGGGCCUCAAACAACUCCAAGGUCCUUGCAGGAGUCCCUCAAGAGCAUCGGCUGCAACAAGGACCGCAUUCAUGGGACGGAGAGAGCCAUUCGACCUUGGGCCUGCGAUGGCAUCCUAAAGAUGACUGGUUUGCCUUCGCAAUACAGCCACGUUCAGUCACAGAGUUCACGAAGCUACGAGUCCUCGCCGAGACUGCACGGCUAUUCGACCCGAUGAGCUGGCUCUCGCCUGUCGUGAUUCGGGCGAAGAUCCUGAUCCAGACCACAUGGCUUCAGCAGCUGGACUGGGACGCUCCACUGUCUGUCAAGGAUGUUCACCGUUGGCAACAGCUGCUGAACCAGCUACCUCUGCUCAGCACCUUACGAGUUAACCGCUGGCUCAGCACCGACGACGAUCACUCAAGGCUGCAGCUCCACGGCUUCGCUGACGCUUCCGAACGAGGAUACGCCGCAGCGGUUUACCUCCGCAACUCUAAAAAAAGGACAACAUCAGCGAAUUUGCUCAUGGCGAAAUCCAAGGUCGCACCCGUCAAGCAAAUUUCACUGCCUCGCCUGGAGUUGUGCGCUGCCGAUUUACUCACCACGCUCAUGUUGCAUGUCCGCAGCAUGCUCGGCUUGACGUCCACUCCAGUGUACUUGUGGUCCGAUUCCAAGGUCACCCUCCAUUGGAUCCAGGGACACGCCACCCGCUGGAAAACUUUCGUCGCCAACCGGGUAGCUCAUAUCCAAACACAGCUCCCGGACGCUCAGUGGAGGCACGUCGCCGGGAAAGACAAUCCUGCAGAUUGCGCAUCGAGAGGAAUCACUCCUGAGGAGUUAAUCAACCACGCAUUAUGGUGGACAGGACCUACCUGGUUAGCACUGGACAAAGUGGCGUGGCCCAACUCAGAGGUCGACAUCUCAGAGGACGACCUUCCAGAACAACGCACCACCAGCAUGAUAACCAGGAGCUCCGUCAUCAUCGAACCGGACCUCCUUCUUCGGUUCUCCGCACUUCAUCGGCUGCUGCGCGUUACGGCUUGGUGUCGUCGAUGGUUCAACCUGGCGAACCGGGAGGUCACAUCUGGCCGCACGCUGCAUCCUGACGAGCUGGACGCCGCUCUACUCCAGUGGCUUCGAGUGGUGCAGGCGCUCCACUUCCCUGACGAGGUAGCUGCUACCACCGCAGGACGGCCCGGUCCACCACGCAGUUCACUGGUCAAGCUGAACCCAUUUCUCGACGACCAAGGUGUGCUUCGCGUCGGAGGACGCCUUAAACACGCUCUGCUGCCCUACGACGAAAAGCACCCGGUGAUCGUCCCACCGGCCUCCUGGAUGACGAGACUGCUGAUCGAGUCCUGCCAUCGUCGGUCUCUGCAUGGCGGCGUCCAGAUGACUCUCAGUUUACUUCGCCUUCGAUUCUGGGUGCCACGUGGAAGGACCGUCGUCAAGCAGCAGUUGCAUCGGUGCGUCACUUGCACGCGCUGGCGAGCUGCCACUCCACAACCUCCUAUGGGCAAUCUUCCUCGUGACCGAGUGACGCCGACUCGGCCAUUCUUGAGUACUGGCCUGGACUACGCGGGACCCAUUUCUAUCCGGACCAGCAAGGGGCGCGGACAUCGCUCACAGAAGGGAUACAUCGCAGUCUUCAUAUGUUUUUGGUCAAAGGCUAUCCACCUCGAGGUCGUCUCGGAUUACAGCUCCGAGGCCUUCAUCGCCGCCUUACGUCGCUUCGUGUCGCGCAGAGGUCUAUGCACGGACAUCUACAGCAACUGCGGCACAACAUUUAUUGGCGCCGAUCGGACGCUACGUGAGCUCUUCAAGGCGUCGACCUCCGAGGGCCAUCACAUCGCCCACGCCGCCAGCACAAGGGAUCCGCUGGCUCUGUCAGACGAUCCAGACGACACUUCGGCGCUCACACCAGGCCACUUCAUCAUCGGAGCACCGUUACUCGCGGUACCUGAGCCAUCGUUGACGGGUCAAACAACCUCCACGCUGUCACGCUGGCGUUACCUGCAGCUGAUGCGAGACCAUUUUUGGCAGCGGUGGUCGGCGGAGUAUGUGCACGGUCUCAACCCCCGCACCAAAUGGUUCAAGGCCGAGUCCGUACCUCACGUCGGGGACCUCUGCAUCAUCCGCUCGGAGCUCACCCCUCCGACCCGAUGGCCUCUUGCGCGGAUCACGAAACUGCAUCCCGGGGACGACGGUAUCGUCCACGUGGUCUCAGUCCGCACCGCCACAUCAGAACUCGUGCGCCCGAUCGUCAAAUUGGUCAUGCUUCCGGGCGCGGAUCAUAUUCCGGGCAUGAAUGACGCGGACACGCCGCCUGCCGGCGCGUAA